AUGGGUGAAGCUUGGAAAGUUCUCAAGCUUCCUUAUCGAGAUUCCAAUGUGCAACACUCUGUUUUUUACAAAAAGCACAGUGCACUUGAACUCGAAGCAUACAACUUCCCACUAACAGAUACAAACGAUAAAAUUCAAAAUAUUCUCGAAGAAGCUUUCGCUCUUUUUGGAAAAAUAGAUACAAUUACAAUAGAGGGUAAUCAGGCAAUCAUUAAAUACCAAAAUGAGAAAUCAUUAGAUAGAGCUUUGUUAGAAAAAUUUAAGCAUAAUGAUGCUCAGCCACCAGAAGCCGGAAUUGGCGAAUUCGGUGUUGAGUACUUUAAACAGAAGUAUAUGAAGUCACGCCCAGACGUUGCUGAUUUAGAAAAAAGCGCUUAUGAACAAAUUCAAGCUAUUGAUAAAAGAGAUGCCGAAGCACGCGCUAAUGCAGGUACCAAGAAGAUUGCACGUCAUACAGAAGCUGAAACACAAGCAAUUAUUCGUAAAUAUCAAGAAACUGCAGCUAAAAUGCAAACAUCAGAUUUUUAUGCAUUUCAGCAGAAAAACAAGCCAAAUUUGUAUACAUCACUUCUUGGUGAAGAAGUUAAACAACCAAGGCAUCUUAAGAAGCAGCCAAAGAAGAAAUUUGAAAAAGUUGUUAAGCCAAAGCCAGAACCAAAGCAGCUAACAAAAGCCAUACAAUAA